CUCCUGAGGGGGGGACCCGAGCGCCAAGAUGGCGCAGGCCCUGUCGGCCGAGGAGUUCCAAAGGAUGCAGGCGCAGCUGCUGGAGCUGCGCACCGAGAAUUACCGGCUGUCGGAUGAGCUGCGCAAGAACGGCGCCGAGCUGUCGGGGCUGCGGCAGAGGGUGCAGACGCUGGACAGGGACCUGGCCAAGGCCAACAAGGCCCUCAGCAAGAGCAAGAAGGCCCAGGAGGUGGAGGCCCUGCUGGGGGAGACCAGGAUGCUCCAGGGGAAGCUGCAGAGCCAAGAGGACGAUUUCCGUCUGCAGAACAGCACCUUGCUGCGGGAGCUGGCCAAGCUCUGUGCCCAGAUCGAGGGGCUCGAGGAGGAGAACCGGCUGCAGGGGAGGGGCGGGGGCCCCGGGAGACCCCAGGACCCCAGGACCCCCCAGGACCCCCAAAACUCAGCCCAGCCCCCCCAGGCCGGGGCUCAGGGGGACGGGGGAGCCCCCCAAG